CAGGGAAACCUGGCAAGAUGAUGCCGUACUGGUGAGCUUGUGUUUGGCUGGUAAACAUGAGUGGACAUCCUCACUUCCAAGUUUGGAAAGUGACCUUAAACACAUGUUAAAAGUAAAUGUGCAAUGAUGUUUUAUCAGGAGAAAGGAACUUGAGCAUAAUUUUUGCCAUCCCAGCCGAUCAAAUGGCUCUUUUUCUAGAGAUAAAGCACAAAGAUUGCAGUUCUUGAUUGAAAUAAACCCCAAUAAUAGUUUGUCAGGUUAAAAUUCGGUGUUUUGUAACUGUUCAGUUUAAUUUCAAGACAUCUGUCAAUCACUCACUUGUCAUUUAGGAUAUCGUACCUACUCAGGACUUGCAGAUCUUUUUGGAUUUAAGCUUUAUUUUCCACUAGUUAUACUGAUCUCUUUUUGAAACCUCUCUGCCUUGGUCAGGGAGUAACCCCUUAAGGGAGAAGAAGCAGCCAUGAACACUCAACAGAUGGAGCAGAUGGGCCAGUUCAAGAUCACAGUGUGGGAGGAGGAGAACUUCCAGGGAAAGCGCUGUGAGUUCAUGCUGGAGUGCCAGAGCAUCAUGGAGAGAGGAUUCAAGAAGAUCCGUUCCAUCAAGGUUGAGAAUGGACCUUGGGUGGGUUAUGAGUACCCAGAGUUCCAGGGACAGCAGUUUAUUCUGGAGAAGGGAGACUAUCCUCGCUACGAGGCCUGGAGUGGAAACAGCAGCUACAGAACCGAGCACUUGCUCUCUUUCAGACCCAUCAAGUGCGCCAACCACAGUGACAGUAAGGUGACCCUGUACGAGUGUGAGGACUUCCAGGGCCGUAAGUUCGAGGUGUGUGAUGACUACCCCUCCCUACAGGCCAUGGGCUGGUGCAGCAAGGAGGUGCCCUCCAUCAAAGUCAACUCAGGAGCCUGGGUGGCCUACCAGUUCCCUGGCUACCGUGGCUACCAGUACAUCCUGGAGAGAGACAGACACCAAGGCGAGUACAGAAACUACAACGAGUUCAGCACCCAGGCUCAUACCAACCAGGUGCAGUCCAUUCGUAGGAUCCAGCAGUAAGCCUUCACUGUGCCUGUCUGAUCCCACCUGACAGAAUAAAGCCCUCACCCUGACUCCCCUCUUCCUCACUUUGAACCUGGACAGACCGCUGUCACAGACACAGUAGAUGGACAAACUCUUUCUAUCACUCUGUGGCUCUGCUUCUAUGGAAACUAAGUACCUACUUCUACUACCAUGCUUAGGCAUGUUCUUGAAAUAGGAAAUAAAGGCUUUUCUUCCAAACUA